AAAAAAUUGACGAAUCAACAGUACCCUUGCCUUCGAACUAAAUUAUCUUUCAUCUCGUAUUACCGGACGUCGCUGUUUGAGCUAAGCAAGCUUGCCCCCUGGGCUGACCGCCGCUCCUCUACUAUAUAAAGCAGCCAUUUUUUGAGAAUCUGGAGACUGACUUCAAUCCUACGCUUAAACUGUGUUUGCAUCCCACCAAUAUCGAUCAGGUUUUGAAGCGAUGGCUUUCGCCUCUUUGGGAGCUUGUUGCCUUGGCCUCCAUGGGCUUCUCGGACCCAAUCGAACCUUCUUUCCCGGUUCUGCCGGAUACAAUGCCUCUCUCUCCUCCUAUUUCUCUCUUCAAGAGUCAGAAAUACUACCUAAAUGCAUUAUAUCGCCCAUUGAAGUCUCUGAAGUGUCUGAUUCAAUUCGCUAUCUCACGACCGAGGACACCACUUGUGGCGAGUUUGCCAUUCGCUCCGGUGGCCAUGCGGUAUUUGCGGGGGCCGCCAAUAUUGCUAGUGGAGUCACGAUCGAUCUGAGCGCCCUCGACACCAUCACCAUCAAUGACGACCGGACAGUGACCGUCGGUGUCGGCGCUACGUGGGGAGAUGUCUAUGCGGCUCUGGAACCACUAAACCUGAUGGUCGCUGGAGGCCGCGAUGCCCCCGUUGGCGUGGGCGGCCUGAGUACCGGAGGAGGAAUGUCGUAUUUCUCUCCACGAGUCGGCUGGACGUGUGAUACAGUCAUUGAUUAUGAAGUGGUGCUUGCUAAUGGAUCAGUUGUACAUGCUAACUCACAGAGCAACUAUGAUCUGCUGGUUGCCCUUCGCGGGGGGUCGAAUAAUUUUGGUGUGGUCACCCAUGUGCAGCUCUCCGCUUUUGCACAGAAUAAAACUAUCUGGGCAGGGAGGGUUUACUACUCGAUUGACACCAUCGAUGAGCAGCUACAGGCGACGGCUGCCUUCAGUGAGCCCGACACAUAUGAUGAAUUCUCCUCCUUGGUUGUUAGUCUUGCCUGGACACCCACAACAGGAGCUGUGGUUUCCAAUAACAUUGUUUACACCAAGCCCGAGGCCAACCCGUCUGCUUUUGCUACCUUCAGUACCAUCCCUUCCCUAGCCGACUCGCAGGGAUUUAAGACUAUAACUGAUGUUGCGGCUGAAGGUGGUGCACUCUCCCCCGAUGGGUACCGUGAGCUCUGGCUAGUCACAACAUACCAUCCUGAUCUCGAAACACUCAAUGGGACAUGGCACCAAUGGAACAGCAGCCUAACGGGCAUCGAGCGAAUACCCGGACUCACCUGGUCCUUAUCCCUCCAGCCCCUGCCUCCGGCCAUUUAUGCCCGGCAUAGUACAGACAAUUCCUUGGGGCUAUCCAAAACUUCUGGCUCUCUCAUGUUUGUCCUGCUGAGUGCCACGUGGGAUGAUGAGGCUGAUGACGCUCAAGUCAAUAAGAUGGCACAGGAGCUCAUAGCGGGAAUUGAAGGGCGGGCAAAGCAGACAGAUGCAUACCAUCCAUUCAAGUAUUUGAACUACGCGGGUGAGUUUCAAGAGCCAAUUGCUAGCUAUGGACAGGAUAGCGUGAAAUUCCUGCAGCGCGUGUCAAGGAGCUUUGAUCCUCGGGGUGUAUUUCAGUCGAAAGUUCCAGGGGGGUUCAAGAUUCCGAGAUGGUAAUCUCAACAGAGAAGACCUUGAAUUUUUAACUCUGGAAGCUGCCGGGAGGGAUUCGAGGCAUUGGUGUUGUGUAUAAGCUUUUGCCUACAUUAGACAGGUCUGUCUCGAUUGUUCAGACAACGAUAGUGUUCUGUACAUUGGUCUGGCAUGGACGAGCAUAUUGCCGUGUUCAAGGUGUAGGCUAUGCGAUAUCAACAAAAUUAAUAUUUACUACGUG